CAUCUCUUCCGUAAGCUGAACAGACCGGGAAAUGGACACCCCAAAGGGUUGCGUGCUACUUCUCCAAUGGGAAGGGUCAUCCUCAUAAACUCACCAUUAGAAGCCAACAGUGAUGAGAGUGAUUCAAUCCUUGCCAUCACGGUUGACAAAACUCCAGAUGGAAAAUUGGGGUUCAGUGUCCGAGGGGGUUCAGAGCAUGGCCUUGGGAUCUUUGUCAGUAAAGUGGAAGAAGGAAGCAGUGCAGAUCUAGCAGGUCUGUGUGUCGGAGAUAAGAUCGCCGAGGUGAAUGGUGUCAGUUUAGAGAGCAUAACUAUG